AUGCAUCUUGCCAGUUUGCUCAGCUCCUGCUCCCUCUUGCUGCUGUUGGGGCCCUUGCCUGGAUGGGAGGCCAAUGCUGAGCCCGUUAAGAAGGUCACUGAAGGGAUCAGCCAAGGGCUGAGCAAUGCAGAGAGAGAGGUGGGCAAGGCCUUGGAAGGCAUCAAUAAUGGAAUCCCUCAAGCUGGAAGGGAGAAAGUUUUUAAUGGACUCAACAGUGUGGGGAGCCAGGCCGGUAAGGAGCUGGACAAGGGCAUCCAGGGGCUCAACCACAGCCUGGACAAGGUAGCCCAUGGAAUCAACAAUGUCACCGGACAAGCAGGAAAGGGAGCAGAGAAGUUUGUCCAUGGGGUCAACAAUGCUACUAGACAGGUUGGGAAGGAGGCAAACAAAGUGAUUCAGGGAGUCCACCAUGCCGGGAAAGAGGGAGUAAAAAUAGUCCAAGGGGUCCAUCAUGGAGUUAAUCAGUCUGGAAAGGAGGUGGAAAAGUUUGGCCAGGGGGUCCACCAUGCUGCAGGGCAGGCUGGGAAAGAGGGAGUAAAAAUAGUCCAAGGGGUCCAUCAUGGAGUUAAUCAGUCUGGAAAGGAGGUGGAAAAGUUUGGCCAGGGGGUCCACCAUGCUGCAGGGCAGGCUGGGAAAGAUGGAGAAAAAAUAGUCCAGGGGGUCCAUCAUGGAGUUAAUCAGGCUGGAAAGGAGGUAGAAAAGUUUGGCCAGGGCACCCACCACACUGCUGAACAGGCUGGAAAGGAGGCUGGCAAAGUGGUCCAAGGGGUCCACGAUGGGGUCAACCAGGCCGGAAAGGAGGCAGAGAAAUUUGGCCACGGGGUCAGCCACGCUGCUGGUCAGGCUGGAAAGGAAGUGGAGAAACUUGGCCAAGGUGUCCACCACGCUGCUGGCCAGGCCGGGAAGGAGGAGGACGGGUUGCAGCAGACUGUUCAUACGGGGACCAACCAAGCCGGCAAGGAAGCCAACAAGCUGCUGAAUGACAGUCAUCCAAACAGACCCACUGACCAGCAAGGAGGGGCUGCAACCACAGCCUUAACAUCUGGAGCUUUGGUCAACAAGCCCUUCAUUGGCCUUUCAGUUCUGUGGAAGACCGUCAUCAGCAUCAUUCCCUAAACUGAUGAACUGGCCUUGUUGAACAGACUGACAUUCCUGUUGUCAUAUCAGCUGAAAUGACCUGAAGGAGCCGGGGAGAAGUAGGAGGAUAGAUUUCUGGAGUCCCUUAAGGGGGCUGUACUGAGAUUUGUGGAUAAAUACAACACACUGUACUC